CCACCCGCCGAUUCAGGAGGAAACCGAGGUGCGCGGGCGCGCGUAUAAAACAGCCGGCACAUCGCCUUCCGCUCCGGCAUCACCCCUGCAGGCCCCAGCGCAAGCAAGCAAGUCAAAUGCUAACCGAGUGAGCUGCUAGCUAGUUCUUCACUAGUUUUUGCACGGCCGGAGAAGACGAUAGGUGGGGAUGGAAGCGAGGUACGUGAAGGUGGCGUCCCGGUACUUCAUCGUCGGCAACGGGAACGCCGGCGACGGCUGCGGUGGUGGUGGUGAUCAUCGCCGCCGCCACUUCCUCGACGCCUGCUUCCUGUGCAAGCGGGACAUCACCCCGGGCCGCCACAUCUUCAUGUACAAGGGCGACGCGGCGUUCUGCAGCGACGAGUGCAGGCAGGACCAGAGGGCCAUGGACGCCGCGCUCAAGGCCGCCAGGCGCCGCCAACGCUACCUCCAGCGCAGCGCGUCCCUGCCGGUGCCUUCGUCGGCCGCGGCGGCGGCGAUGCCCCGGAGGCCGACCGUCGCGGGCCUCGCCGCCCACGCCCCCGUCCUCUCCGGCUAGAGCUAGCUCCUCGCGGUCGCCGAUCCAUGCUGGGGGGAUACGAAGAUGUGCGUGCUUGAGUUCGUCGUGCUCGUGUGCCCCGGCGCCCGCUUGAUCGGUCUGGGCAAUUUUCGUGGCCUGCUGGUCCGGCGCCGGAGAAGAUGCACGCUGGCACACGGAGAGAUAGCAGAUAUUGCGGACAAGUUUACAGUUGCAUGAUAUGCCCGAUGCAAAAAAAGCUACAGUAGCAAAUUAUUAGAUGCAUCAUCUCCUCGCCGGUUCACAAGUACCUAGAGACAGUACUGCUAGCUAGGAAAAAAAUAAAUUAAAUAAUAAUGUAAUAACCAUCUGUUCGAUCCGUAGAACAUGUAAUAGCUAUCAGUACUUGCACUUAUCACUAGCAGAGAAGAGACUUUCGUCCAA